AGGUCAUGAUUUCUAUGUUACAGCUGUCCAGCUCAGGUUGACAGACACUCUGCAAGGCCUGCUGAUUGAAGAAGAGAGGCAGAGAAAAUCUCGGUGGUUAGCAGAGCAACCGUCAAUGAAUUGUGAAAAGGGACCCGAUCAAAGGCAGAAUAAUACCAUUUAGAAAGCUUCCAUUGGGAGAAUUUUUUUUUUAAUGACUGUGCGUUGAUGCAUAUUCAGUAGUGGUCCUAACCACUAUAGUAACUUUGUUAGAGAGAGUUAUUGCCUCACAUAAAACUUGAAUGGACCGUUCUGCAAGCUGAACAUGUUAAAAGCAAUCAUGAAAGGUUCAUUGCUAUUCAUAUCAAGUGUCAUCAUACUAACAGAUAUGGUGAAUGGUUGUCCUCCAAAAUGCCUCUGUUACCAGUUUUCAAAGACAGUGGACUGCAGAAAUCGAGGACUUACUGAAGUUCCUAUGCACUUGCCUGCUGGAACUCAAAUAUUACUUUUAUCAAAUAAUCACAUUCAGAAAAUCAGUCAACAUGUUUUCACGGACACAUCAGCUCUCAAAAUUCUGGAUUUAUCUAAUAAUUCCAUCUCAGGUCUAUUGUCUGGAACAUUCAAGGAACUGCAAAACCUACAGAUUCUAAACCUCACUAAGAACUUCAUUGGAUAUGUGGAUGACAAGACCUUUAGUUCCCUUCCACGCCUAAAAGAACUGGAUUUAUCAUCUAACAAUAUCUUAAGUCUGCCUGGAACUUUAGGAAAUAACACAGGGCACAUAACUUUAUUGUCUCUGAAACAUAAUAAACUCCAAAAGGUAGACAAGCUUUUAUUGGAAUCACUUCCAAAUCUGAAAGUAGUCCUUUUCAAAGGUAACCUCUGGCAGUGCAAUUGUCAAGUCUUUGGCCUUAAACUGUGGUUGGAAAGUUUUUUGUAUAGAGGAGGAAUUAGUGAUGGUGUAAUAUGUGCAUCACCUGAAAAUCGGAAAGGAAAAGACCUCCUCAAAAUUCCUUAUGAGUUGUAUGGGAUCUGCUCUUCUACAGCUUCUCAAGUUCACCAGGCCAAUAUUCAUCAUUAUUCUGAGCACAGAGGUUCUCUGAAGCACGGCCAUUCCAGUGAACAUGGCGGAGAUGGCAGCCGCUCACAUUGUGAACCUAAACCAAAGCCACGUCCUGUGAGCUUGCGACAUGCAUUGGCCACUGUCAUAAUAACUGGAGUAAUCUGUGGGAUUGUGUGUCUCAUGAUGUUGGCUGCUGCUGUCUAUGGCUGUGCUUAUGCAGCCAUGACUGCAAAAUAUCACCGGGAAAACUCAUCCCCUGGCAAAGAGAAGGGGAAUCAUGGCGGAGAAAGAACCAUAUGAGAGUUUAUUG